AUGGAUCGCCCGCUGCAAUUAUCCAUACCCGGACAUUCGCCGAGUUUUUCAGCGACGAGUACAAGCUCUCAGAACACUUCAUCUAUCAACGUACCAAUCGAUCCUUUAUCACCGUUGUCGGCGGCUCGUUGCGCUCGAUGCCAGCAGCUUUUCGCGAGUGGAGAGGUGUUCAUUAGUACAGGUAGUAAAACAUGGCAUAACGAAUGCUUCAGGUGCUCAUUGUUUGGAACUUUUCCGCAUCAAUGGCAUCAGUCAUUAUCGAUGGUGUUCAGAUGUGCUCAGUGUUUUUGUUCACUGCUAAACGAUAUGCAUUUCACGGUGGACGGCCGUAAUUAUUGUGAGCAUGACUUCAAAGCGCUCUAUGCACCCACAUGUGCAAAAUGCAAGGAUUUCAUAAUGGGACGUGUGAUUAAAGCUGCAAACUGCAGUUGGCAUCCGCAGUGUUUUCGGUGUGAACAGUGCAAUACACAGCUGGAUAACGAAGGUGUUUGGCAUUACGCUGGACGAAACUUGUGUAUGACUUGUAAUAAGUUGGCAAAAAAGGAAGGCGGAAAGCUCUGCUCAAAAUGUUUUACAUACAUCGAGCCUGGAAAACAACUCCGUUAUCGUCAUGAAGACUAUCAUGCGUACCACUUCAACUGCAACAAAUGCGGGUAUUCACCUCAAUUUCGUGCAACUGUGGAGUUGAAUGAAAAGGCUCGAAUUCACAGAGAUGAUUUAUAUUGUCCGAGGUGUUUCGAUCAGAUGUGUCAUGUUUGUGCAGCGUGUCGCCAUCCGAUCGAUGAUGAACGAAGCGUUUUUGCACUGCAAAAGCAUUGGCAUAUUGACCAUUUCUUGUGCGCUAAAUGCGAGAAACCGUUUUACGGCAGCAAACACUUCGAGAAACGUGAACGAGCCUAUUGCGAAAGCUGUUACAAGAAGGGGUGGAACUCAUGCUGGCGAAUGUACUGUUGGGAAGGAGAAGGCCAAAAGGAAGGAAGAAAGACUAUCUCGAAGGUCAUUGAGAUGGACAUGCGACCGAUUUGCAAGAAGUGCUUCGACAAAUUCCCAAAAGAGUUGAAGCAACGAAUGGUUUGA